AUGAGCGCUCUCAUUAGCUCCAAUAUCAUCCCUGAAACGACAAUAGUACCUCUGUCAGCCGGACACACUCUCGAGGUUGAUAUCUACACUGCACUGGCAGAUACAAUUAACCUUGGUGCACAGAAGAUUGCUGUUCUCUGUCAUCCAUGGUCCUGGCUAGGAGGAUGCAAGGAUGACCCAGUGCUUGAGAGCAUCGCUGUAACUCUUAAUGUCAAACUCAACAUGCAUGUGCUCGUUCCCAACGCCCGUUCAGUGGGCAACUCAACAGGAAGGGCCUCCUUCUCUGGUAAAUCCGAGGCGGCAGAUCUCGAAGAAUUGACCCAAUGGUAUAUAAACAAAGCAAAGGACCCACCACAGCUUGAGUCUCGCAGGGUUACUCACAUGGAUCACUUCUCGCGUCGUGUCAUCCUAUUCUUCCUGACCCGAUACAAACAUCACAUUCUUCUAUCAUAUCCUCUAUCCCCUCUUCCUCUGCUUACGUUUUUCAACGCUUCAACGUACAGGGAACACUUGUCUCGACUUGUUAGCAAUCCACAAGCGCGUGUGCUUAUCCUUUUCGGCGAUAAAGACCAAUUCACUGGUAUCAGCAAUUAUCAGUCCUGGGCCAACAACCUCGAGCAAGCACAAGGUUCAUCGACAUCGGAAGCCAUUGGUAGUGGCGCUAUUGAGGUCAAAAUGGUUACGGGUGCUGAUCACUUUUGGCGUGGACGCUUUAAUCGACAGAUGACUGAGGCAAUAAUAACUUGGUUGGAGAAAUAUGAUCCCGUUCACAGAUCUUCCGGGAGAUUGGCGACUACACUAGCAAACGAUGAGUAA